CAUGGAAGGUGUCUCCCGAACAUAUCACGCCCGAGCUGUCCCGCACCAAGUGGAGAACAAAGAGAACAUUGAAAGCAUCUGAAAAGUUCUCAAGAUUACCCGGGAAAGUGCCACGAUGUCGACAUGCGCUGAAGGUUCUCGUAAAGAGGACUACAACCUGAGCCUUCAUGUCGGCGCACUAUUCAUAAUCCUCAGUGUCUCGGCCGGUGCAUGCGCGCUGCCGGUCCUUGCGACACGCAUUCCACAGCUGCGAAUCCCAGCGCGAGCACUUUUCGUCUUCCGUCACUUCGGUACUGGGGUCCUCAUCGCGACAGCUUUCGUACAUUUGUUUCCGACAGCCUUUGUGAACCUGACAAAUCCAUGCCUUCCGGAGUUUUUCAGCAAGACGUAUCCGGCGCUUGCUGGUGCGAUCGCCCUGGGAGCAGUCUUCAUAAUAACGAUAGCGGAGAUGAUAUUCAGCCCUGGACGAUCACUUUGCGCGGGGCCAGAAAUGGAGCAACACGUUGCGAACGUCUUGAAUGUACCUACGGUGCGCGCCUCGAUGGAAAUCGGCGGUCUGGGUCUGACACCAUCGCCUGUCGAUGCAUCAAGAUUUGGACGUAAAAAUAGCCUACUUUCGACCCCUGCCAUUGCAGUAAGCACGCCUGGUAUAGGUGCGCCAUCUGGGCUCGUGGACGGGUCACGCCGAUUCAGUGACGACAGCUUCAGUAGCAUUGAGGCAGAGAAGAACGAACGGGAACGUCGCAAGCUCGUCGUACAAUGCAUGCUACUCGAAUGCGGAAUUCUGUUUCACAGCGUCUUCAUCGGGAUGGCAUUAGCGGUUGCCGUAGGUAGCGAGCAGGUCAUUCUUCUUAUUGCGAUUGCUUUCCAUCAAACUUUCGAAGGUCUCGCGCUCGGCUCCCGGAUUGCGGCAAUUGGCUGGCGUUCCAAGGCUCUCCAGCCUUGGUUCAUGGCCCUGGCUUACGGAUGCACGACACCUUUAGGUCAAGCAAUUGGAAUUGCUACCAGGGAUCUCUACGACCCUGACAGCGAGACCGGCUUACUGGUCGUCGGGAUUUGCAACGCCAUUUCUGCAGGGCUCCUCACCUACACCAGUCUAGUCGACCUGUUGUCAGAGGAUUUCUUGAGCGAAUCUAGCUGGCGGAUUUUAAGGGGAACAAGAAGGGUCAUGGCGGCAUCGCUAGUCUUUGCCGGAGCUUUCUGCAUGAGUUUAAUCGGCGCAUGGGCGUGAGGCCCAUCAUCGACUGUCUUUAGCGACGCCUCAUAAAUGCAUGACUUUUACUUGUUCGUUCCCGGUCUUACCCAUCACAGUCUCUCGAAGGGGUCGUGCUGUCGCCUUCGCUCAUGCUUCCUGAGAUCGUUAAGCCUUGAUCUUCGCAGUCAG